ACUUCGACGUCACUCACAAUUUACAACCUAGCGCGUGAAAAGCCAUGUCUAUCCGUACUCUUUACCUGGCUCUUGCCUUGUCCACCUUGGUGCUGUCGCUCACGACGGCCGCCAAUGGCGCCUCUGUCUCUAUGCUGCUCUCCAAGAUGCGCGCCCGGCCGCUGGGCGAUCUGCAGGGCACGUCCAUGACGUCGGCGCUGCUGCAGUUCGUCGCGACCAAGGAGGGUUUCACAGAUGUCACCGUCGGAACCAUUCUGUCUCCCACCAACCAGGCGUGGGGCGCCGCAGUGAGCGGCUACAACAAGACGAUAAGCCCGCCCGGCUCCUCGGACAUCAUUCUUGAGGCGCUUCAGGCCGUCGCUUACAGCGGCGGGUCCCCUGACAGCCUCAACGGCGCGUCUUCCGGCGCGCAGAACGUGCUGAUCCGCCUGAUGAAGCAGCUCUCGGUGAACGUCACCGGCAUCACCGGUGCCAUCAUCAACUCGAACGGCAACACGGUGAAGAGCAUGUUGAACACGACGAUCUACGCGCUGAACCCGCUCAACUACAGCUCGGAGUUCUUCAAGUUCAUGAGCUGCAUGCCCCCCGGCGCAUACGGCUCCAACAACAGGUCCGUGCCCAAGGGCCUUGCGAACGACACGGACGCCAAGUAUGACGGCACGCAGUUCGCGUACGGGCGCAUCAUUCGCACGGAGAAGCUGGUGGCGAACGCCAAGAACCAGACGGUGAACAGCAAGUCCACUGCCGACACGGAUCUCAACGACAUCUCCGUCGUGCUCUUCCCCGGCACCGGCCCGCUCGUUGCCACCGACCCCACCCCGCCCAUCGGCUGGAACAACCCUGACAGCCCGGGUAACCAUCUGUCGCCACUGAAGCCUUUCGCCCUGAUGCUGCUUCUUCUGAUUUCUUAUCUAGUCAUUUAGUUAGUCAGAUGAAUGACCGAGAUGUCAGCCUGGAGUUAUGAAGGGUAGUGGAGCUACCGCCUUAGUUGCAACGUGAAACCAGUAGUUAAUUUCAUCCAGUUUGUACGCGGUGGGAAUAAUCAUAG